GAAAGACGACUUUGGCGAGCGGGCAGCGAGGUGGUGUUUGUCGGCUGGGGAGGGAGGGGAAGGCAAGAAAGUGGGCAGAGACGGAGGCGAGCCCGGACGGAACGGGGCGGGGGCAGUAGGCGAAAGAAACGAAGCAGUGCACGACAAGCAGGCGGGCACCAAGUGGGGGUUCCUUGUAGUGGAUCAAUUUGGCGAAAUCUUUACGAAAAAUCCGAGUGUCUGUGGCGAAGAGGACUACAGCAACAAUAUGAUAACUCCCUACUUCGUGGACAAUUUCUGGGGUGAAAAGAACAAUGGCUUCGAUGUGCUGUACCACAAUAUGAAACAUGGACAGAUUUCCUCAAAGGAGCUGACGGACUUCAUCAGGGAAAGGAGCGUCAUCGAAGAGUCCUACGCCAGGUCCAUGACCAAGCUGGUCAAGACCGCGGGGAACUUUUCACAGCUCGGGACGUUUGCCCCCAUGUGGGAGGUCUUCAAGGGGUCCACAGAGAAAUUGGCCAUCUGCCACAUGGAGCUGGUGCGCAAGCUGCAGGAACUCAUCAAAGAUGUGCACAAGUAUGUGGAGGAGCAGGCCAAAGCGCACAAAAAGACAAAAGAAGAGGUGGCGUCCACAUUGGAAGCUGUGCAGAACAUCCAGAGCACCGGACAGGCUCUACAGAAGUCCAAGGAGAACUACAACGCCAAAAUGGUGGAGCAGGAGCGCCUGCGCAAGGAAGGCGCCGCCCAGAGAGACGUAGACAAGGCGGGAAUAAAAGCCAAAAAAGCCACCGAGACCUACAAGUCGUACGUGGAGAAGUAUGCCUACGCCAAGUCUGACUUUGAGCUCAAGAUGGAGGAAACGGCACAGAAAUUUCAGAAUAUUGAAGAAAGCCACAUCAUUCACAUUAAGGACAUCAUCAAGUCCUACUCGCAGUCUGUGGACGAAACGCACGUCCAAAUCGGAGAGGUUCACAAUGAAUUUGUGAGGAACGUGGAGAACACCUCUGUGGAGAGCUUAAUACAGAAAUUAGCCGAAAGCAAAGGAACGGGCAAAGAAAGACCAGGGCCCAUUGAGUUUGAAGAGUGUAACACCGCCAUCGCCACUGAAGGUGCUAAACCGAGAAGAAGAAAGCCUUUUGGCAUCCCAGGACGCAGGAAAGACAAAGACACAGAUUCCACGGAAUCCACGGAGGCAGAAAGUAACGCUGCCAACGGCGCUCCCCCCGGAUACUACGGGGCCAUAGACAUUCAGAACGCUAACGUUCCGCAAGUCGACGACGAGGGUUUCUGCAUCCGGCCGGAAUCCAUGGAGAAUGAUGCCAAAGAGAACUCCUUCUACUCGUCCAGCGACUCUGAGGACGAGGACGAACCGCGCAAGUUCCACGUGGAGAUCAAGCCCGUCCAAGCCAAUGACGACACACACCAGAACCGCGCCACCAUCGAUGAGCUGAAAGUCUCCAUCAGCAACAUCGUCCUGUCGCCGUCCGUUUCGGGCCAAAUGCGAAGAAACCAAUCCAGUGACGAGCUAGCCAAAGCGAGGGUGCCAGCGUCAUACGAUCUGAGCAACAACGACCUCCUGUCGCUGGAUCCGUUGGGCCCGUUCAUGACCACCGCCGCCUCCUCCCAACCGGGGUCCACGUCCACAGGCCCCAACCGUCCGACGACCCCUCUGGCGGCGGGCGCGCUGGUGCCGCCGCCCCGUCCCUCCUCCAGGCCCAAGCUUCCCACGGGCAAACUGAGUGGCAUCAACGAGAUCGCAAGACCCUUUAGUCCGCCCAAAGCGCCCGGCGCCAGCCCUCCCCCUGCUGCGCCUCUUGCCCGUGCCGAGAGCUCUUCGUCCCUGUCGUCAAAUGCUUCGCUCAGCGCCGCUAACACGCCGACCGUAGGUAAGGACCAUUGCGCUUUCCUUCCUUUGUCCAGUACCUCCCUUUCUUCUUCUUUUCCUUUUCUGUCCACGUUCCUCCUUUCCGUCCCAGGCCCCGCUCACCUUUUUCCCGAUCACUUCUCCUGUUGUGCGCCAGAAGUUUUCUCAUCUUCUUCAUUCUUCCCUUUCAGUCUAAAAGACGACAUGUUUGUCUCCAAGCUGCCGACCUUUGAGAGGCGCUGUGAAACGCCAGCAGGGGCAUCACGUGGUCCAAGCCCUGUCACGCUGGCGUCCCAGGAUGCUUUGCCCAUCGCCGUGGCCUUCACCGAGUCUGUCAACGCCUACUUCAAAGGCUCCGAUCCAAACAAGUGCAUCGUGAAGAUCACUGGCGACAUGAUGCUGUCCUUUCCCUCGGGCAUUAUCAAAGUGUUCACGGGCAACCCCUCGCCCGCCGUGCUCACUUUCAAGUUGAAGAAGACAGGCCGGCUCGAGCAGAUCCUCCCCAACCAGCAGCUUCUCUUCAGCGAUCCGUCCCAGAGCAACUCGGAGUCCAAAGACUUCUGGUUCAACAUGCAAGCGCUGACCGCCUACCUCAGGAAAUCCGCCGAGCAGAACCCCGCCGCCUCCUACUACAACGUUGACAUCCUCAAGUAUCAGGUGCAGUCGGACGGCAUCCGCUCCACGCCGCUCAACCUAGCCGUGUAUUGGAAGUGCACGCCGGGCUCCACUGACCUGCGCGUGGACUAUCGCUACAACCCCGACUCCAUGGCAGUGCCGGGGCCGCUGGGAAACGUUCAGAUCCUAGUGCCUGUGGACGGCGGUGUCACCGGCAUGCAGUCGCUGCCCGACGCCCUCUGGAACGCGGAACAGAAUAAAUGUCUUUGGAGGUUGAGCGACGUUUCGGAAAAGUCUGAAAACCAAGGCUCCGGUUCUCUGCGGGCCAAGUUCGAGGUGUCCAACGGCCCAUCCAACCCGUCCACGCUGGCGGUCCAAUUCAUGAACGAGAGCACUACGCUGUCCGGUGUGGACAUGGAGCUGCAGGGCAGCGGCUACAGGUUGUCGCUUAGCAAGAAGAGGUUCGCCACAGGUCGCUACAUGGCCGACUGCUGAGACUGUGCCCAGAAAAACAUCGAAAUUGCCUUAUCUCGCUUUAAAGAAAAGUCGCCCGGACCGGCCCAAACCGGACCCGACCCCCUGCCGCUGGCGGGAAUCACUACAAUACAGCAGCACUGAGUACUGAACACUGUUUAAUGGAGAAAUAAAAGCAACGUAAAGGUGAGCUUUGGGGACAUGUGUAGCGAACGACGCCUUAAUUAAGGACCUCGUCAGUGUAUAUUUGAAAUCAAAAAAAGAGGAAGAAAAAAAAAACCACAUGCACUAACAUUAUCUACAGGCUCUUUUUUCCCCCUACCGUUAUUCCGCACACUGUGUGAUAUUAACAGCAAAAAAAAUCAUUUUGUUAUACUUUGAUUGUGGAUGGCGUGCAAUUGAAGGAAGAGUCGUUCUCAUAAGCACAAAAAAAAGAAAGAAAAACAGGACCUCAGUGCCUCCUCAAAACGUUUUUAAAACACACGUUCGGGUUUCAGGGCUUUUUUUUCUGUCCAUGUCCUUUUUUAAAUGUUUUUUAAAAUGACUGUAAAAGCGUUGCGAUGCUUUAAAAAUGUUCCAAAUUAACUCGUAGCCUUUCAACAAAACUUGAAAAUGUGUGUUUUUCGUACAACAUUUUGCCAAGAAACAAAAAAAAAAAACGUGCCUGAACGAUGUUGUUAGGAUGCCGAAGGGAAGACGCGGAAGCUUUUUUGUCUUAAAAUGGACGCCUCGUGGUGUGAUUUGAAGAUUUUGGAGAGGUAACUUUUGUCCGAUUUGGACAAAAAAAAGAAUAAAUCCAAUCGCCCGAUAUUUUCAAACGCCACGUUUAGCAAGCUGGUUCUUGCUUGCCCAGAACGACAAAAAAAAAAAAAAAAAACGGGGGGAAAAAAAGACAUUCUAUUUACGAGCCUUCAUCUCUGGUCACUUUGUUCUUGAUGUGUUUGUAUUUAACGUUUUUUUGUUUGUUUGUUUUUUAAGCAAAUUUGUGUAAGUGAUUCUCAUAAUUUGUACAUUUCUUUUUUUUCUUUUUUUUUUUUUUUUAAGUAUCAGCCACUUUCUUUUGUCUCUACGUAAUGAAUUCUCACUGUGCCUGUAUUAAAUGUGGUAAUAUAUGAAAUAUAUAUACAAAUAUAAGAAACGACUACUUCAAGAGGGCUUGGUGUCUUUUUUUUUUCAAGUUGCUUCUUUGUUCAUUUUAUAUAGUCGUAGCAAUUUCGGAACUUUAGCGGCAAAAACAUGCACUCCAAAGGU